AUUCAAAGUUCAAUUUUAAAAAAGGCAUCAAAAGUUAUAUAUAUAUACAUAUUGAUAAUCACUUAUUUUUGAUUAUCUUAAUGAUGAUUUCAAUUAGUAUUAUUGCAAUAUCCAUCUUGGUUAUAGUCAAAUCUUAUGAAAUAAAUGAAACUGUCACAUUUCCACCAUUUUCUGAUGAAUUGAUCUCGUAUAUCAACAAACACCCAAAUGCUGGAUGGAAGGCUGAGAGGACAAAUCGAUUCGAUACAAUUGAUACUGCUCGUUCAAUGAUGGGCGUCAUCUUUGAAGAUGUCGAUGUGAAACAAAGAUCACGUCCAACAAUCAGUCACAGUGAAGUUAAUAUAGAUUUACCGAAAUUCUUUGAUUCUCGUAAACACUGGAAGAAAUGUGAGAGUAUAAGGACGAUUCGCGACCAAUCAGGCUGUGGUUCAUGUUGGGCUUUCGGUGCUGUCGAAGCAAUGAGUGAUCGCAUUUGCAUUCAUUCUCACAAUCAUAUAUCAGUGGAGCUGAGUGCUGUUAAUUUACUGAGUUGUUGUACAAGAUGUGGCUUAGGUUGUCAAGGUGGCAUACCAGGAAUGGCAUGGGAUUACUGGAAAGAUGAGGGUAUUGUAACGGGUGGAUCAAAUGAGUCAAAUUCAGGAUGUCAGCCAUAUCCAUUUCCAGAAUGUAGUCACCAUUCAGCUAGAGGAAGACAACCACCAUGUAGAGGUCAGUUAUAUGACACACCUGAAUGUGAAAAUUAUUGUCAGAAUGGAUAUGAAAGAGAGUAUGAAAACGAUAAAUUCUACGGUAAGUCAUCUUACAACGUGGCCGGUGACGAAAUUUCAAUUAUGAAGGAAAUUUUUUUAAACGGUCCUGUUGAAGGUGCUCUAUUUGUCUAUGACGAUUUUUUCAACUAUAAAUCUGGUGUCUACAAACAUAUAACUGGUUCCUAUGUGGGUGGACAUGCUAUACGUGUACUCGGUUGGGGUGUUUACAAGGACAUUCCAUACUGGUUAUGCGCCAAUUCAUGGAAUGAUGAUUGGGGCGAUAAAGGUUAUUUCAAAAUACUGAGAGGUCGAAAUGAAUGCGGAAUUGAAUCGAACAUAGUGGCAGGAUUACCAAUGAAACGCAGAGAGUAAACUCUAUGCACUUACCUAUUCUGUAGCUCAUAUUUACACUAAGAGUGGUAUCGUCAGUUAUUGAUUGACUCUUUUUUUCUCAUUUUAGCAAGCAUAUUCUUGAUAUAAAGUUUUGUUGUUAUCUGUCAAUGGGAUUUAAUAAAUGACUUUAUCAUUUACAAAGGAUAUCUGGAUUCCUAUGCUUGUUUUAAUAUGCAUUUCUGAGAUGAUUAGAAGCCGGCGCUUAGACUGUUCAAGUUACAGUAUAAACCGUUAUCG